UUGCCUCCCUCCCCGCCGCCCUCCCCCGCGCCGGCCUCGCCAUUUCUAGUGCAACUUCCCGCAGCGUCUCGCAAGGAGGUCUCGGAGGCGUCUCGACGGCGGAGGCCAAGGAUCUCGUGGCCCCCCUCCUCCCCCCGCGACGUGGGAGAAACUCCGAGUGUGGAGAAGGUGGAGGUGAGGUGGAGCCUUUAGUGUGGAGCAGCGUGUCUGGCGGACCCUGCAGGUGGAGCGAGGGAAGGAGAGGAAGGUGGAGAAGGACUCGCGAGACAUUGAGGAGAAAAGUGGGAAAGAGUGAGGAAGAAGGAACAAAAGGGAGAGUGAAGAAGGGAAAGUCCAGGAGAAAGGAGGAGAGAAAAGUUGAUGAGAAAGGGAAGAAAGGAGAGAGUGAAGAGAAGUGGACUUGAUAAAUCAGGAGCACGGUGAUGUGAGAAUAACUAAGGGAUAGCUAGACGUAAGGAAAAGGAAAGAGGGAGGAAGAGAAGAUGUGAGAAAUGAAGAAAGGACAAGGAAGGACAUAACCAGAAAAGUCACCCACAAAACAAUACUAAGUGAACCAAAUAUUAGCCAACGAACAGGGAAAAGUCGAGAAGUAAACGGAAAAAAAGUAAAUCGAAAGAAAGAAAUUAAUAUAAAGAAAAAGCGACGCAUGGGGAAGAGAUAAUACAUUCUAAUACAAGAAAAUACAGCCGAUGGAGAACGCUACAGUUUAAAGGAUGACGAGCCUCCACACAGAUGUGUGGCCUGGAGGGAGCGUCUACCCGUCGGAAGCCUCUUGGUCCUCCAGCCUCCACUCGACGCCCUCCGGCCUCCACGCUGCCUCCCCGAGCCUCCACGGCGGCGCCCCGUCCGGCCUCCACCUCGACCCGCGCUCGCCUCAGCCGCAGUAUGCUCACCAGCCGCACGCGACCGCCGCGGGCAUCCACGGGGAGCGGCAGCCCCCUCCGGCACCCCCGCCGCCGCCGCCGCCGCCCCCUACAUCGGUCGCUCCGUCCUGGCACCACGAGAUGGCCCUCGCGGAGCCGGCGGGCGCCUUUGAGCUCCUCUGCCGGAGCGAAAUGCAGGGGCACCUGGGGGAGGCGCACCCGCCCAGCCCCUUCUUCGUGGACCAGAAGAAAGGCAGCUCGACCCCCGCGUCCCCCCACGUCGGGAAAGAGGCCGCCUGCGGGGGGGACGGAGCGCCGAUGACGUACAACCGCCUGGCCGCGGCGGAGGCGGACAAGGCGCGCGGAGCCUAUUCUCCGCACGGCGACUUCGCUAGGGCGUCCUUCACCGCCGUGCCGCAGGUCUCGGGCGCGGCGCCGACGAAGGAGGUUGCUGGACCCGCCGAAGGACGCAUCAAACUGGAGGCGCCAUACGUGCCCGAGGGCGUCCCUGCCACGGCCACGCCCACCUCCUCCUGCGCGCCGCGCCAUGACUACAACGCCAACCUGCCGCUGUUCCACCAGCAGCUGCAGCACCACCACCAGCAGGCGGCUUCGUCCUUCCAGGCGGGGCUGGCCGGCUUCCCUGCAAUGCAGCACCAGCAGGCGUCCUACCAGCAGAUGGCGGGGCAGCAGUACUCCUUGCAGCACUCCGCCACGUCCCAGCAGCAGCACCAGCAGUACCAGGGGGCGGGGGGGCCCAUGGGGGCGUGGGGCGCGGCCUACCAGAGCGGCGAGGGCAGCACCUACGGCGGCGACCAGCACUACAACAUCUACGCCCGCUCCGUCUACAUCCAGGGCGGCCCUCAGUACCCCUACCCGGGGUAUCCGGGAAUCGGCGCCUCCCCCGCGGGGCCGUCGCGCCGCCCCACCGUCCCGCAGGGCGUCCUGCCGCCCCCGGGGGUCGCGGCGCCCGCCCUCACGACCCCCAUGAAAGCCCGGCGGCGACGGCGCUGGACGCGGCGGAAGUCGAUCGUGCACACGUGCCCCCACUCGGGCUGCGCUAAGAUCUACGCCAAGUCGUCGCACCUGAAGGCGCACCUGCGCACCCAUACGGGCGAGAAGCCGUACACGUGCGACUGGAAGGGCUGCGGCUGGCGCUUCGCGCGCUCCGACGAGCUCACGCGCCACUACCGCAAGCACACGGGCGACCGCCCCUUCCAGUGCCGCCUGUGCGAGCGCGCCUUCUCGCGUUCAGACCACCUCAGCCUGCACAUGAAGCGCCACAUGGCGCUCUGA